AUGGUUAAAAACGCAGCUAAUGAAGGUUUCGAGAAGGAUUCGUUGAAGGUGCACCUGGUCGGAUUUCCUAAUGACUUUGAUCCCGAUGCAACGCUCCACAAGUGGGUUCUCAAAGACUCUUCGCUUUAUCUAGACUGGUCGCAGCCCAGUCUGAGCCUGGUUAAAAUUGCAUCUGACCAAGGCUGGGAGAAUCCCAAAUUUCCCAAAGGUUAUGAGCCUGUGGAUCUUCAGUCCUACAAGGAGAAUAGCUGGGUGUACUUUCUUAUCGAGGGCAAAUUCCAAGAGUCUGUCGACAACGCAACUCACAAAAUUUACAAGACACAAGCACCAGUGGCACAUCCCAUGCACAUUCAUGGACACGAUUUCGUUAUCCUCGAUUCCGGAACUGCCGAGUUCGACCCAAAAAACUACACCAUCAAUCGCGAUAACCCGCCCCGCCGUGACAUUGCCUGGCAUGCAAGCGGCGGUCUUGCUUUGCAAUUCAUUGAGCAACCAGAGAAGCUCAGCCGCCAAUUUGGUGAAUCCGGUAGAGUAGACGAAUUUUCGAAAACUUGUACUAACUGGGCUGCGUACUACACUAUGUUUAACAAGAACUACAAUGCAACGCAGGAUGAUUCGGGUAUCUGA